AAAACAGGAACACUCAACAGUGUUCACUUCUGGUUACAAAACCUGAGAUCUAUCGAUGUCAUGGUGUACAGUGUCUUUCCAUUGAACAAUUCUUUUGAUCUCAUUCAAAAAUUCAUAUCAUUGGAGUGAAAAAUGGGUGGAUCUUUGAUAAGUUCAAGGGCAUUCAAUUGGAAUACAGGGCAAAUGAUAAUAAUAACCCUUUUAAUAAUGGUGGGUUCUUUUUAUACUGGUACUCUUUUUGGCCAUACCCCAUCUCUAUAUGUCCCUCAAGAAAAGCAACAAAAACAAGAAGAUUCCAACACUAGUUCAUCAUCUGGUAUUCUGAAGUUCAGUAACAAGGUUGCUCUUUCUUAUCGGGUGGUACCCCUGACAAUUCCUGAAACUGGGAUAAAUGUAUGUCCUCUGAAAUUUAAUGAGUAUAUCCCCUGUCAUGACAUUUCUUAUGUUAAAGAGCUGAUGCCAAAAUUAGAUCUCUCGAGGAGAGAAGAGCUAGAGAGGCAUUGUCCUCCACUUGGCAGGCGCUUGUUUUGUUUAGUUCCACCUCCAGCUGAUUAUAAGAUACCGAUAAGGUGGCCAACUAGCAGGGAUUAUGUAUGGCGGAGUAAUGUAAACCAUACACAUCUUGCUGAGGUAAAAGGAGGACAAAAUUGGGUACAUGAGAAGGAUCAGUUUUGGUGGUUUCCAGGCGGUGGAACUCAUUUUAAGCAUGGAGCUACAGAAUAUAUUGAGAGGUUAGGAAACAUGACAACUGAUGAGACAGGGGACUUACGUGCAGCAGGGGUAUAUCAAGUGCUUGACGUUGGUUGUGGGGUUGCUAGUUUCUCUGCCUAUCUUCUUCCAUUAAAUAUCGAAACACUGUCUUUUGCUCCCAAAGAUGGUCAUGAAAAUCAAAUUCAAUUUGCUUUGGAACGAGGAAUCGGUGCUAUGAUAUCUGCUAUAGCUACGAAGCAGCUACCAUAUCCAAGCAACUCUUUUGACAUGGUCCAUUGUUCCAGAUGUCGAGUUGAUUGGCAUGAAAAUGAUGGUAUUCUACUCAAAGAACUGAAUCGCAUAUUAAGACCAAAUGGAUAUUUUGUCUACUCAGCUCCUCCUGCCUAUAGAAAGGAUAAGGAUUUCCCGGAUAUAUGGGACAAAUUAGUUAAGUUGACUUCUGGAAUGUGCUGGAAGCUUAUUGCGCAGAAAGUUCAGACAGCAAUAUGGGUUAAACAAGAAAAUAAUUCAUGUCUUCAGCAUAAUGCUCAGGAGAAGCUUGUAAACUUAUGUGAUUCCGAGGAUGAUUUGAAGUCAUCAUGGAAAACACCUCUGAGGAACUGUGUUACACUUAGUGACACUUCAUCUUCUAUGAAGAAACUACCUCCUCGACCACAACGACUUUCAGAGUAUUCACAAAGUCUCAGCCAGAUAGGUAUUGAUCGUGAAAAAUUCCUGUCAGAUACAAUCUAUUGGCAAGAUCAAGUUCGUCAUUACUGGAGACUGAUGAACGUCGAGGAGAAAGAAAUACGUAAUGUAAUGGACAUGAGCGCUUCCCUUGGUGGAUUUGCAGUUGGCUUAAAUACAUGGCCUGUCUGGGUAAUGAAUGUAGUUCCCGUAACCAUGAAUAACACUCUGUCUGCCGUUUAUGGCAGGGGUCUUACAGGCGUUUUUCAUGACUGGUGCGAGCCAUUCUCCACAUAUCCCCGCACUUAUGAUUUGUUGCAUGCCAAUCAUCUUCUUUCUCACUAUCAAAAUAGUGACGAAGGUUGUUUAGUUGAAGAUAUCAUGCUGGAGAUGGACCGUAUUCUACGACCUCUGGGUUUUAUCAUUAUUAGAGAUGUAGAACCAAUCAUAUCAAGAAUACAAGCUCUUGCUCCGAAGUUUCUCUGGGAUGUCCAACUACAUUUUCUAGAGGACCAUCAGAAAAAGACCGAGCGGGUCUUAUUUUGUAGGAAAAAAUUUUGGGCUAUUGCCUGAGAUAGUUUUGCCCGCGAUUGUUAGUGGAAAGGCAUAUGUUGAAUUUAUUCGUUAUAUUCGUGUAACUUAUUUGUGAAAUGGUAAAUUCAUUUGUGUUUCAUAGUUAAUGCUUUCUUUUUUAUCAGUUUGAAGGAAAGCCAAGAUGUAACAUGAGAGAACAAAUUCACUGAUGUAACAUAAAAAACCGAGUUUUGUUAUAGGUGUUCGUUUUUCUGUGGUUC